GCCUUUCUUCAUACUGUACUGGUUUUGACCGCAGUGUGUGUGUUGUGACUGGACAGAGAAUAUGACACCUGUUGGCCAGGCAGACACAGACAGUUGGCAGCAAGUAGGCCUUAAUAGCAGUAGGCCUAAAUCGUCUGGACCUAUUAAAAAAGGUCGAACUUGCAAAAUGGCUAGACAUGACAAACUGUACAGAUGGAUGCGGUAUUUGAUGUUGCUGCUUUGUGUGAUACUUGUUAUAAGUGGCUUUGUGCUGCUGGGACUUGGCGCAUGGAUUAGAUAUGGAGCAGCUACGUUUGUGGAUGUCCUGGGCCCCUACUCGUCUCAGCUCAUCUACAUCAGCUACAUCUGUAUUGGUAUGGGCUCAGUGCUGUCUUUCACGGGUCUCAUCGGCUGCUGUGGGGCUUGGAAAGAGAACCGCUUCUUUAUCAUGCUGUUUUUCUUCAUCGUGACAAUGCUAUUUGUUGCUGAAAUCAUUGGGACUAUUUUUGUCUUGACGUACCGGAAUCUGGUUAGCUUAGUGGUACGUGAUGCAAGCAAGAAUUCCCUGAUGACUGUCUAUAUGGGCCCAGCGGCAACAGACCCAAUCUCAACAGCAUGGAACACAGUCAUGGUCAAGUUCAAAUGCUGUGGUUUUGAGAACUCGACUGUAGAUUUCAAGGGCUCUGUGUUCAGUACAACCACGGGUUUGAACUAUCCUAAGACUUGCUGCGUGAACAAGACCCUUGCAGACUGUGACGGUAUCACCAUCACUCCAAGUCUGAUCCAACCACAGAGCUGCUUUGGUAAGGUCAUCACAGUGAUCAGAGAGCAGAGUGUCAUCCUGGGAUCAGCAGCUGGCUGCAUAUGUAUGAUGGAGUUAUCCUCCAUGAUCCUUGCCAUGGUUUUGUUUGUGAAGUUGGGGCUCAUGAGGCAUCCAUGGUGAAGCCAAAGGGUCCAUUCACACCUGGAGGACACCAACAACCCCCACAGGCAACAAUAAAGUUCUGCUAAAUUAUGAAAGUUUGUGUGUUUUCCUUAGUUGAAAUUGUAUCUGUUAUUUUGGUUAUAUUAAAAUGUUUAUAUAUUAUUUUUAAA